GACGUUUACAAUUCGGCAAAAUAAAUUGACGUUUACUGAUUACUGCUGUGACUAAUUUUAUAUUUUAUUUGAAUAAAAUAAAUAAACAUUGUUUAAACUCGAAUAUAUGGCCUUAAUAAUAUUUAAGAGUACAUAUUGAACCUUAAUAAUAGUCUUAAUGUCGUGAUUUUGGUAGUUUUGGUAACAAAAUUUGUGCAAAAUGAAGUAUUCGACGUCGCCUACUCCGAGCCUGACUAACUAUCCAAGGAGUACGUCUCCGUUACCAGCGCCUGCUAAUUACCAGCCUACGACAGCCAGCGCGGCUGUGAAGCGCUACAAAUACAUCAGAAGACUGUUCAAAUUCAAUCAGAUGGACUUUGAGUUUGCUGCCUGGCAAAUGGUAUACCUAUUUGUGUCACCACAGAAAGUGUUUAGGAAUUUCAAUUAUAGAAAACAUACAAAAUCACAGUUUGCAAGAGAUGACCCAGCGUUCCUAGUACUACUUAGUGUAUGGUUAUUCUUAUCAUCAAUAUGCCUGGGCCUGGCGAUGGGCCUGACAGCCGGGAAGGUGGCACUAUUUGUACUGUUUGUAGUAUUCGUAGACUUCAUAGGAGCCGGGAUACUUGUGUCCACAUUCUUUUGGUAUGUAAGCAACACGUACCUGCGCCGCGACCCGGACGGGCCGGACGUGGAGUGGGGGUACGCGUUCGACGUGCACAUCAACGCGUUCUUCCCGCCGCUCUCACUGCUGCACUUCUUCCAAAUCGUCUUCUUUGAAAAUAUUCUGUUCCGUGAUGGUUUCCUAUCCUGUCUGGUGUCCAACACAUUCUGGCUGGCUUCCAUCAUCUACUACCUCUACAUCACAUUCUUAGGGUACAGCAAUCUCCCGAUGCUGCAAAACGCUCGCGUGUUCCUGUUGCCCCUGCCGAUCCUGUUCCUCACAUACCUGGCGACCCUCGUGAUGGGGUGGAACCUCAGCGAGAUGCUCGUCUACUUCUACAUGAUGAGGGUGUUACACUGAUCAAUAUGUAUUGCGACACUUGUAAAUUAUACACUAAAGCCACAUGAAUAGGGUGCAUUUUUCAUCAGAGGGCUUGAAGCUUUAAAAAUUGCCUGGAAGGAGGAAAAAUAACAUGGGCUACGGUAACUUAUUUUCGGGAAAGAUCGGAACGAGUUCCGAUCCGCUUGCCAAGCUUGGAAAUUCGCCAUGGUGAUAAAAAACUUAAGCUCAUUAGACUAAUGUGCUAUGAUGUUGCCAAAAUAUCGAUAUAAUUGAAGCGUUAGUGACUGGAAUCAAGUUAUCGAUAGUGCAAUGUGCAACUAUUGAAAGUAUUCAUUGAUUGGCUUUAAUAUUUGGGGUUAUUAUGCCAGAUGCCAUGAAUUAUACUUUACAAGUGAAGCAAGAACUUUUAACGUAAACAAUAAUUAAUCUUAAGUUGAGGGAAGAGAGUCGAAAAGGAAAGUACUUAUAUACAAGAGAGUCCACAUUACUUUCCUUUGAUAAUAAAUAACGACUGGUUAAUAAAUAAACUAUAGCAUUUAUAUUGGUUUCUGCAGGUAACAAGGAUGUUCCAAACGAUCACUGAUAUCACUUAAUGCGUGAGCAAUGUAACAUAAUGUAGCAAUAUAAACUAAACAUAUUUUCAUAUAACUACAACACUGUACAUAGUAAAAUAAUUAAUAUUUUUUAAGAAAUAAAUUAAAAUACGUUUCA